GAGAGAGAGAGAGAGAGAGAGACAGAGCCGGAGGAGAGGAGACUGGAGGCUGUGGAAACAAGACGAGAGAGAAGAACUGGAAUUGGGAGAAAGACGAUUAACAGAGGAGGAGACCAGAGCAAACAAGCUUCUUCAACUGGACGGGGCAUUGAAGAGGUGUUGCUUUCCAUCUCCCAGGCCCUGUGUUUGGGCCCGUUUUGAGAGGCGCUCCGAGCAGGCUGGUCCCAGGCAGGAGGCACCAUGUCCGGGGCCUCUGUGAAGGUGGCGGUGCGGGUCCGCCCCUUCAACUCCAGAGAGAUGGGAAAGGACAGCAAAUGCAUCAUCCAGAUGUCAGGAAACACAACCACCAUCCUCAACCCCAAGCAGCCCAAAGAGAACAAGAGCUUCAACUUUGAUUACUCGUACUGGUCACAUACCUCGCCCAAGGACAUCAACUUUGCUGGCCAGCAGCAGGUUUACAAGGACAUUGGUGAGGAGAUGCUGCUCCAUGCCUUCGAGGGAUACAACGUCUGUAUAUUUGCUUAUGGCCAGACCGGAUCUGGGAAGUCCUACACCAUGAUGGGCAAGCCGGACUUGAAGAACCAGGAAGGAAUUAUCCCUCUGAUGUGUGAAGACCUCUUCACCAAGUUCAACGACAGUAAUAACGACAAUAGCAAGUCGUACUCUGUGGAGGUGAGCUACAUGGAGAUCUACUGUGAGCGUGUGCGUGACCUCCUGAACCCUAAGAACAAGGGGAACCUGCGUGUGAGGGAACACCCCCUGAUGGGGCCCUACGUAGAGGACCUGUCCAAGCUGGCCGUCACCUCCUACAACGACAUCCAGGACCUCAUGGACUCUGGAAACAAGGCCAGGACGGUUGCCGCCACCAACAUGAACGAGACUAGCAGUCGCUCCCACGCUGUGUUCAACAUCAUCUUCACUCAGAAACGACACGAUGCUGAGACUGAUAACACCUCUGAGAAGGUCAGCAAAAUCAGCCUGGUGGAUUUGGCCGGCAGCGAGAGGGCCGACUCCACAGGCGCCAAAGGGACCCGGCUCAAGGAAGGAGCAAACAUCAACAAAUCUCUGACCACUCUGGGGAAAGUCAUCUCUGCCUUGGCCGAAGUGGAUUCUGCACAAAAUAAGAACAAGAAGAAAAAGAAAGUGGAGAGUCACAUCCCUUACAGAGAUUCUGUGUUGACCUGGCUAUUGAGAGAGAACCUAGGGGGAAACUCUCGAACUGCCAUGGUUGCUGCUCUCAGUCCAGCUGACAUCAACUAUGACGAGACUCUCAGCACACUCAGGUAUGCAGAUAGAGCCAAACAGAUCCGCUGUAACGCUGUCAUCAAUGAGGACCCUAACAACCGAUUGGUCCGUGAGCUGAAAGAGGAGGUGUGUCGCCUGAGAGACCUCCUCCUAUCCCAGGGACUGGGAGACAUCCUGGAAACAUACAAGGGGCCAGCGCUUGGCACUGACAUUGCUGGUUUGAAAUUGACCAAUGCCAUGACGGGGAUGAGCCCCUCCCCCUCUUUGUCCGCCCUGUCCAGUCGAGCCGGAUCUAUCGCCAGCCUCCACGACCGCAUCAUGAUCAGCCCUGGCAGCGAGCAGGCCAUCGAGAGACUCAAGGAAACAGAGAAAAUCAUCGCAGAGCUCAAUGAGACCUGGGAGGAGAAACUUCGCAGAACAGAAGCCAUCAGAAUGGAAAGAGAGGCCCUGCUGGCUGAGAUGGGUGUGGCCAUGAGGGAAGAUGGAGGAACUGUGGGAGUUUUCUCCCCCAAGAAGACUCCUCACCUGGUGAACCUUAACGAGGACCCCCUGAUGUCAGAGUGUCUGCUGUACUACAUCAAAGAUGGCAUCACCAGGGUCGGUCGCGUGGAUGCCAGCAGCAGACAGGACAUUGUGCUCAGUGGUCAUUUCAUCAAGGACGAACACGGUACCUUCACAUCUACCACGGGACCCAUGGGAGAAAUAGCGGUCACUCUGGAGCCCUGUGAGGGAGCUGAGACCUACGUCAACGGGAAGAGGGUCACAGAGGCUACAGUCCUCAAAUCAGGGAACCGCAUUAUCCUGGGUAAGAGCCACGUGUUCCGGUUCAACCACCCAGAGCAGGCGCGCCAGGAGCGGGAGAGGACGCCCUGCGCUGAGACCCCCGUGGAGCCGGUGGACUGGGCCUUCGCACAGAGAGAACUGUUGGACAAACAGGGCAUCGACAUGAAGCAGGAGAUGGACCAGAGGCUUCAGGAGUUGGAAGACCAGUAUCGUAAAGAGAGGGAGGAAACCCAUAUCCUACUAGAGCAGCAGAGGCUGGAUUAUGAGAGCAAGCUGGAAGCCCUUCAGAAACAGGUGGACCGUUAUUACCCUGAGGUAAUAGGAGAGGAAGAGGAGGAGCCUGAGGAGGAAGUUCUGUGGACAGAGAGGGAGACAGAGCUGGCCCUGUGGGGUUUCAGGAAGUGGUGCUGUUACCAGUUCACUUCCCUCAGAGACCAGCUGUGGGGAAACGCCAUCUUCCUCAAGGAGGCUAACGCCAUCAGCGUGGAACUCAAGAAGAAGGUCCAGUUCCAGUUUGUGUUGCUGACCGACACCCUGUACUCCCCCCUGCCCACUGACCUGCUGCCCGCUGAUACAGCCAAGGACAGAGCGACCCGCCCGUUCCCCAGGACCAUCGUAGCUGUGGAGGUUCAGGACCAGAAGAAUGGGGCCACCCACUGCUGGACCCUGGAGAAGCUCAGGCAACGUCUGGACCUGAUGAGAGAGAUGUAUGACAGAGCAGCAGAGGUUCCCAGCAGCACCAUUGAAGACUGUGAGAACAUCAUGACUGGAGGAGACCCCUUCUACGACCGCUUCCCCUGGUUCCGUCUGGUUGGCAGCAACCCCCUUUUCAACGCGUGCAUGAGCGAGCGCAUGAGUGAUCCCACUCCCUCCCCCACUCCUUCCACCACCCUCUCCACCUCCGAACAAACGGAGCUGGCCGACGCUCGUCCGGAGGGACGAGGAAGGGAGGAGGAUGAGUUGGAUGCUUUGCAGGAUCUGAACGAUGAUAUAUUUUUGGACGAUCCGUGCUCGGAGCUCGGGGAUGAUGAUGAUGAUGAUGAGGGAGAGGCGUGCCGAGGCGGCUCCAGCGAAGGCCUGGAUCCCUUUUAUGACCGCUCUCCGUUAUUCAGUGUAGUGGGAAGAGCCUUUGUGUACCUGAGUAACCUGCUGUACCCUGUGCCCCUGGUCCAUCGCGUGGCCAUCGUCAGUGAGAAGGGAGAGGUUAAAGGAUUCCUCAGGGUGGCUGUACAGGCGAUCUCAGCCGAUGAGGAGGCUCCUGACUACGGAUCCGGUGUCCGUCAGUCUGGCACCGCCAAGAUCUCCUUCGAGGACCGGGAGUUUGAGAAGUUCCAGGUUGAGUCGUGCCCCGCUGGUCUGUCCCGUACUGGGGCGUCCCAGGAGGAGCUGCGUUUCGUGGAGGGGGAGGGACAGAACUCAGAGGCGGGACCCUCAGCCGAUGAAGUCAACAACAAUACAUCCGGUCCAGAUGAGUUGGAGAGCCCCCUGAAGACCAACCUGGAGGGAGGAGCUCUGGACGGAGCCCUGGAACACCUGAGGAUAGGUAACAUCUUCACCUUCAGAGUGACGGUCCUCCAGGCCUUCAGCAUCUCCACAGAGUACGCUGACAUCUUCUGCCAGUUCAAUUUCAUCCACCGCCACGAUGAGGCCUUUUCCACAGAGCCUCUGAAGAACACAGGGCGAGGUCCUCCUCUGGGCUUCUACCACGUACAAAACAUUGCUGUAGAGGUCACCAAAUCCUUUGUGGACUACAUCAAGACCCAGCCUGUGGUGUUUGAGGUGUUUGGUCACUACCAGAAACAGCCCACUGUCUGCAAGGACCUCAUCAGCCCCCUGCGUCCCAACAGAAGGCCGUUCCCUCCAGUCAUGCCCCUGUCCAAACCAGUCCCUGCCACCAAGCUGACUGCCCUGAUGCGCCCUACAGCCGGGCCCUGCCACUGCAAGUAUGACCUCAUGGUGUUCUUCGAGAUCUGUGAGCUGGAGGCCAGUGGAGACUACGUCCCAGCAGGAGUAGACCAUAGAGGAGGCAUGCCUUGCCAUGGGACGUUCAUGCUGCACCAGGGUAUUCAGAGGAGAAUAACUGUGACAAUCGUUCAUGAGACAGGUGAAGACAUCGUGUGGAAAGAUGUCCAGGAGCUGGUUGUGGGGCGUAUAAGUAACUCUCCCGAGGGGGACGAUACCAUCAUAGACCCCAACAUCCUCUCUCUCAACAUCCUGUCAGCUGGGUAUGUCAGACCCAUGCAAGACGACAGACAGUUUCUUGAUUCGGACAUGCCUAGGACAUUCUAUCGCUUCGAGGCUGCCUGGGACAGUGCCAUGCAUAACUCCCUCCUCCUGAACCGGGUCACUCCUUACGGGGAGAAGAUCUACAUGACCUUGUCGGCCUACCUAGAGAUGGAGAACUGCACUCAGCCCACAGUCAUAACCAAAGAUUUCUGCAUGGUGUUCUACUCUCGAGACGUUAAACUCCCGACCUCCCGCUCCAUCCGAAACCUGUUUGGCACCGGAAGCCUGAGGACAACAACAGAGGGUAACCGAGUGACAGGUGUGUACGAGGUCAGCUUGUGUCACCUGGCGGAUCAUGGGAGCCCAGGAAUGCAGAGGAGACGUCGGCGGGUGCUGGACACCUCGGUGGCGUACGUCCGAGGGGAGGAGAACCUGGCUGGGUGGAGGCCUCGCAGUGACAGCCUCAUCCUGGACCACCAGUGGGAACUGGAGAAACUCAGCCUCCUGCAGGAGGUGGAGAAGACGAGACACUACCUGCUCCUGAGGGAGAAGCUAGAGUCCACCCUGCUGCUGGGUCAGGAAGAGUUGCUAUCCUGUGUGUCUGUGGAGCAGAGUGAGUCCCCUCAGCCUUCCGAGGGCCACGCCCAGGACCUCAGUCUCAGCCCCACAGCUGACGCCCCCAACGAGAGGCAGAGGGAGCUAGUCGCUAAGUGUCUACGGCUGCUCGCCCACUCCUUCAACAGAGAGUACAGCCACGUGUGUGUCAGUGCCAGUGAAAGCAAGCUGUCUGAAAUGUCAGUGACUCUGCUGAGGGAGUCGACCUCUGCCACAGCCCUCAACACCCUCACCCCCUCCUCAACGUGCCCGUCAUUGGUGGAGGGAUGCUACCCCAAGACUGAAACACUCAGAGCCACCAAGCUUCGCUCCUGCUGUGCCAGCCCCAACCCUGACUGCUCACAGCGGGAUGGAGAGGUGAAGAAGUCCCCUGGUGGGGUUGCCGUCCCGGAGGUUAAACCCAGGACGCGCCGUUUUGUACCAGACAUCCAAGAGAUCCGGGUCAGCCCCAUUGUAUCAAAGAAGGGCUACCUGCAUUUCCUGGAGCCUCAUACCAACGGCUGGGUGAGGCGCUAUGUGGUGGUGAGACGUCCGUACGUAUAUAUCUACAAUACAGAGAGAGACAGCGUGGAGAGAGCCAUCCUCAACCUCUCCUCUGCCCAUGUCAAGUACAGCGAGGACCAGCAGGCCAUGCUCAAGACUCCAAACACGUUUGCUGUGUGUACAGAGCACCGCGGUAUACUGCUCCAAGCCAGCAACGACAAGGAGAUGCAUGACUGGCUCUAUGCUUUUAACCCUCUCCUGGCUGGAUCCAUCAGAUCAAAGCUCUCCAGAAGGAGAGGAAGGAUGUGAAACAAACAAUCGAACAACAGCACGUCUUAUAAAGAAGAUAGAAAACAUUAGAACGCAAAGAGACUAACCUGUAUAUAAAUCCCUGAUUACUCCUAUGCUUAUCCCACCGCCCCGCCUUCCAUCCUACACUAGUAACCUGCUCUUCUUCCUUCUGCACACUUCUCACUUUAUCACAAGCUGACCACCUGUGUAUCUGAGGCCUCCAUCAUCGUUGUGUGUCUGUCGGGCCUGUACUGCUGUCUGUCUGUGUAGGCUUUAUCAUCUGGUUAACCCCUCUCCAAGGCUGUGUGACCCAAAUGGCACCCCAUUCCCUAUAUAGUGCACUAGUUUUGGCCCAAAUGGCACCCUAUUCCCUAUAUAGUGCACUAUUUAAAAAAUAAAAAAAUCCCAAAUGGCACCCUAUUCCCUAAAUAGCGCACUAGUUUUGGACCAAAUGGCACCCUAUUCCCUAUAUAGUGUGCUACGUUUGACCAGGACCCAUAGGGCUGGUCAUAGCUACCGUAUGAAUAACCCAUAGGGCUCUGGUCAAAACUAGUGCACUAUAUAGGGAAUAGGGUACCAUAUGGGUCAAAACUAGUGCACUA